UCAUGCAGUGUGGCGUUGAAACCAUGAACGAUUGCGAGCGAUCCCCCGGCCGCACUGGGCUGCGCGUCAACUUCACCGAGAAGGGCGAGGUCAAGGAGCGCCGCGAGAAGUUCCUCACAGCCAAGUACGGAUCGCACCAGAUGAGUCUGAUCCGGAAGCGGCUAGCGGUGGAGAUGUGGCUGUACGACGAGCUACAGAAACUGUUCGAUCCUCCCACAGAAGCAAUCGACGUGGACAUCGACGAGAUUCUAGACAUGGACACCGAUGACAUAAGAAGAUCGCAUUUGUUCAGUCUGCUUUCCGCAUGCAAACGACCACCACAAGACAUAUCGAAAUUCAUUAGCGAUCUUUUGGAUAGGGCCAAAACUCUCUGAGCUGGACUGGUUAUUUCAGUUUAAUUGUAGCGUUUAAAUUAAUUUAAUGUAUUAUCAUUUAACGACGUCACAAUACACCCUAACCAAUGCUGUUGAUGCUACCAAGGCACAAAACCGAGAGAUU